AUGUCCUGCUACGAUCUGUGCCCCCCCAGGAGCAGCUCUGAGCUGUGUCCCCCCAGGAGCAGCGUGGCUGUGCCCCAGCCCAUCGCUGAGAGCUGCAACGAGCUGUGCGCCCGCCAGUGCCCCGACUCGUCGGCCUUGAUCCAGCCGCCCCCGGUGGUGGUCACCUUCCCCGGGCCCAUCCUCAGCUCCUUCCCCCAGCAAGCCGUGGUGGGCUCCUCCGGAGCCCCGGCCUUUGGCGGCUCCCUGGGGCUGGGAGGCCUCUACGGCACCGGUGCCACCCAGGCCCCGGGAGGUCUCUGCACCUUUGGCAGAGCCUGCGCUGCUCCCGCCUGCGGCCCUUACGCCUUCCCCCGCUACAGCAAGAAGUUCUGGGACACCUGCGGGCCCUGCUAG